ACCUUCAGAAGUUCAAAGUAUUGCCAGUCGAUAUGUAGCCAUAUCAGUCCCCUGCAGAGCGUUGUUAGUGCUGCAUGGACUCUAUAGCACCGACACAAUGUAUUCCCGCUCUCCUUGGGGACACCUCUCGUUUCUAAGUCUGGUGUCAUUUCUCCUUCUCCUUCCUGCACCGUGCUGCCAUGGAGGAAAAGUCCUGGUCUUUCCUGUCGAUGGAAGCCACUGGAUCAACAUGAAGGUACUGAUCGAGGAGCUCCAUGCCAGAGGCCACACCAUCACAGUGGUCAGACCCUCCACCAGCUGGUACAUCACUGAGGAGUCAGCUCUAUACACCUCCAUCACCAUCAAGGAGAAAGAAUCCUUAUACAGCUUCUUCGAGACCUUCCUACAGAAGUACUUUAAGGCUCAGCAAGAGGUGGUAUCAACAAUGAAGUUCUUCCAACUAACCAUGGAGUUCCUCAGUAUGAUAAAAGAAGCCCACAUCCUGGCUUGCGACACACUGGCUCGCAUGUUCGACGACAAGGAGCUGAUGAAGAGUCUCCAGGACGCUCAGUAUGACAUGAUGCUCACCGACCCUGCUAUUGCUGGAGGGCUGCUGAUGGCCCACUACCUCAAACUGCCUGUGGUGCUCAACGCCCGUUGGAUCACCAGCGGGGAGGGCCAUUUUGUCAUCGCCCCCUCUCCCUUGUCCUACAUCCCGGUCCCAGGGUCUGGAUUCACUGACAAGAUGACCUUCGUCCAACGGGUCCAAAACAUGCUGCACUACAGCAUCAUCGUGUAUCAGCAGAGGUUCAUGGUUGGGCCGAGUUAUGACGCAAUUUGCGCCAAGUACUUCGAAGGGGGAUGUGACAUCAUCUCCUUGAUCCAGGAAGCUGACAUCUGGCUGAUGAGGUCUGACUUUGUGUUUGACUUCCCCCGUCCCACCAUGCCCAACGUCGUCUACAUGGGGGGGUUCCAGUGCAAGCCGGCCCAGCCCCUGCCUCCAGACCUGGAGGAGUUUGUCCAGAGUGCCGGGGAGCAUGGGGUGAUCGUCAUGUCUCUGGGGACUCUUGUCAAUGCACUUCCUGUUGAUAUCACAGACCAGAUCGCCAGCGUGUUCGCCAAGCUGCCUCAGAAGGUGAUCUGGAGGCACCGGGGCAAGAGGCCCUCCACUCUGGGCAACAACACUCUUCUGGUGGACUGGAUGCCCCAGAAAGACCUCCUGGGUCACCCCCAGACCAGAGCCUUUGUGGCCCACGGAGGAACCAAUGGUGUCCAGGAGGCCAUCUACCACGGCACCCCAGUGCUGGGGAUACCCCUGUUCUUUGACCAGUAUGACAAUCUUCUGCGUCUGCAGGAGAGAGGUGCUGCCAAGAUCCUGGAGCUGGCCAUGUUCAACGGACCCAGUUUCCAGCAGGCUCUGAACCAGGUGCUCACCCACACCCCCUACAGGGAGAACAUGCAGAGGCUGUCCCGCCUGCACAGGGACCAGCCCAUCAAGCCCAUGGACAAGGCCCUCUUCUGGUUGGAGUUUGUGAUGCGACACAAAGGGGCGUCUCACCUCCAUACGUCAGCCAACAGGAUGCCCUGGUACUCUUACCACUCUGUGGACGUGUUGCUACUGCUGCUGGCUGCCGGGGGAGGAGUCUUUCUCUCUACUGGGCUCCUGAUCAGGAUCCUCUGGAGAACCUGCCGGAAGAACAGGAACAAAACCAAACAACACUGACACCAGUAGCAGAAUCACAUUACUGGAAACCAAGACUGUUCACAGGGCAGACCUGGAUAUAGCUAAAUAGUUUUAAUUCUACCAUUUUAGAUAACCCUAACCCUAAACUUAAUGUAGUUCUCCUAAACCACUGGGUAAGUUCUCUUAACCUGCUACAAAAAGUCACUUCUGUUAGUAAAAAUGAGCAGACACUGCCCUGAGAGCAGUGUUAGUAUCCACUAAUUAGAUAAAGCCCAUUAGAUGUUCUUUAAUCUAUAUGAAUUAUAAAUCUGUACUUAUAUCAGGAACAACAUCAAACAACUUAUUAAAACCUUCAACAACCUUGCACCCACAGUGCCUUCAGAAAGUAUUCACAUCCCUUGACUUGUUUAACAUGUUGAUGUUUUACAACCUGAAUUUUAAAUCGAUUAAAAAAAAAAGAUUUAAAAAAA